UUGGUGUUCGCUGCUUCACGUCUUCGGCUAUGGCUUCUGCAGAUGUUGAGUUUCGAUGCUUCGUUGGCGGUCUCGCAUGGGCGACCGAUGAUCAAGCCUUAGAGAAGGCUUUCAGUCAGUACGGCGACAUUAUUGAAUCAAAGAUCAUCAGUGAUCGUGAGACUGGGAGAUCUAGAGGCUUUGGAUUUGUGACUUUCCGUGAUGAGCAGGCGAUGAGGGACGCCAUCGAAGGGAUGAAUGGUCAACGUCUCGACGGUCGUAAUAUUACCGUCAAUCAGGCGCAGAACAGGGGAAGCAGUGGUGGUGGAGGUGGUGGUGGUUACCGCAGUAGUGGCGGUGGUUACGGUGGCGGCGGCGGUGGAUAUGGUGGCGGCGGUGGUGGAUAUGGUGGAGGUGGUGGUGGAUAUGGAGGUAGACGUGAUGGCGGUGGUUACAGUCGCAACGGUGGUGAUGGUGGUGGUUACAGUCGCAACGGUGGUGAUGGCGGUGGUUACAGUCGCAACGGUGGUGGUGGGUACAGCCGCGGUGGUGACCGUGGUUAUGGAGACGGUGGAUCUCGUUAUUCGAGGGGUAGCGGUGCCUCUGAUGGCAACUGGAGGAAUUAGGCUUGGCUAUUGAUGUUUAGGGUUUGGCCCAGGGUUCGAUGUCGUGAAUUGUGUUUCUUGUUCUUGGUAUAAUGGUUCUCUCUAUAAGUGAUUCGUCUUUUUUGACCGA